UUUUCAGCUUGUGAUUGAUAAACAAUGGCUAUCAAUGGAAAGCUUGAGGUAGAAAUUGAAGUAAAGUCUAGUGCAGAUAAGUUCUGGAGUAUUAUUAAGGAGUCUGCAGCUAUAUUCCCUAAGGCUUUUCCCAAUGACUACAAAAGUAUUGAGAAUCUAGAAGGUGAUGGGAAGAUUGCUGGUUCUGUACGCCUAAUAACUUUUGGUGAAGGUUCACCACUUGUGAAGAUAAUCAAAGAGAAGAUUGAUGUUGUUGAUGACUCAGAGAGGACACUAACUUAUAGUAUCAUUGAUGGGGAUCUUCUGAAUUACUUUGAGAAAUUUAAGGGACGCAUCAUUGUAACACCUAAGGGUGAUGGAAGCUUGGUGAAAUGGUCUUGUGAGUAUGAAAAAAAUAGUCAAAAGGUUUUUGAAGCAGAAAUCAUUAAGGAGUUUGCUCUUAAUACCUUUCUUAAGGUUGAUGAAUAUAUUCUAAAUGUGUUGUAUGUGUUGGAUAACUUGAAUUACAAGAUAUUUUCUAAUUGA